AUAAGGUUUAUAAUUGAGUUCUAGAGAAGCAAAGUGCGCAGAGUAGAGGUGUAAGAGCCAUUGUAAGUUUUUUGUUUGUUUGUUUUUUUGUUUUUGUUUUUAAAUAAUAAAUAAUGUGGGGUUGGCAUUUUAGGUGUUAGUUAAGUGCUCACGUAAGAGGUGGGUCUUUAGCUGUUUUUUUGUUUUUGUUUUUUUUGGAAAAUAUUUGUUAUCAAUUCAGUAUACUUAAAAAUAAAUAAAUAAAUAAAUAACAACAGAAAACUGUUGCCAUGACACUUUUGAACACCAACACCAUGACACACUGUAAAGUCUGUACAUGUUUAUAAGAGGAUAUGUGGCUGAGUGAUGAUUAGCUGAGAAUUGUUAUCUUUGUUUCACAGACACGUGUAGCAUGACUGUCCUGUCAUUCCCAUUUUUUUCUCUCUCUCUUUUUUUUUUAACUAAACAAACCAAGAAGAAAUGCACGCAACAUAGUUAUUUUAAAGGAUUAUAUAAUUUCAUCUGUGUUGAGAACAUAAUGAAUGAAAGGGAAGUCAGAGAAUGUUAUAAUCGGAAAAUUAAUUUCUAUGCUGCAGACAAAUGAAGCCAGUCCAGACAGGGUCUUGUUGUUUACUGUAUGUACUGUAUGUUGGUCCUACACCGCGAUGCCUACAGCUGUUAAACUGUUUUGUUGUGUUGGUUUUAUAAUGUAUUUAGAAGGUGUCUACUUGUAUAGUGUGUAUAUAUCUUGUAUUUUGUCUUUUUGCGCUGUACCUUUUCCUACUUUGCACUACAUGUCUGGUGAUUCUUUUGUACCACACUGCUACCACUUUUCUGUAAUAUAUCGAGGCCUUUGAUAAAGCUUUUUUCUUUUCUUUUCUUUUUACCGUAUACUUGUAUAUGGCUAGAAUGGCAACAAACCACUCUUCUCUGUAUAUCAGUUGCCAUUUUAACUAUGAAUUAAUGAACUCAGGUUUGUCAUUGAAUGUUUGCUUUCCUCGUUUUCUACAAUUCAAAUAGGCCUACAUUCCUUUAACUUUUUAAUUAAUCUUUUACUGUUCGUUUCUUGAAUUUGUUCACACCAAUCAUUCCAAAAGCUGUGGCUACGUGGGUGGAGCCUGACACAGUCAUCCAAUAAGACAUUCCUAACCAUCGGAAAUGCAUAUUAUUAACCAAUCAUAUAGCACUAAAGGCGUGGCCUCUGGGAAAACGAUUCCGCAGCGUCACACGUCCUGUUGUCCAAUCAGCUGUGGCGUGUAGUGGACACCGCCAAGCUCAGUUUUCGCUCGGACCGGAGAGGGAGUAGUUUGUACACCAGUUACGCUUUGGUUCAUUCAGCGCUACUGGUACAUCACAGAAGACAAAGCGUGAAUGCAGUCAACUGCACUGUUUCAUUUCCAGGCGUACGUUGGUGUGAACAUUCGGCUCUGCUUCUCUGGUUAGACCCAGCCUUUGCUCCUCGUCCCCAAGGAUCAUGGCCAAAGAUGCUGGUCUGAUUGAGGCCAAUGGGGAGUUGAAGGUUUUCAUUGACCAGAAUCUGAGUCCAGGCAAAGGAGUUUUGUCUUUAGUGACUGUACAUCCACAGUCUGUUGCAGUAGGAAAACAACUUCUGCCAAAAACACUGGGCCCUUCAAAUGUCAACAUUGCUCCUCAGAUGGUCAUUGGGACACCUCAGAGGCCAAGUGGGUCCAAUGUGCUCCUAAUGAACAGUCCUCAUACACCCAGCUCUCAGUUCAUCACUCAGAGCCAACCUACCGAUGCCUCCCCAUGGUCCUCAGGGAAAAGAAGUAAGAAGGGGGAAAAGAAUGGGAAAGGUCUGAGGCAUUUUUCUAUGAAGGUGUGUGAGAAGGUACAGAAAAAGGGUGUUACCACGUACAAUGAAGUAGCAGAUGAGCUGGUGGCCGAGUUCAGCUCUGGUGACAACCACAUCUCCCCAAAUGAUGCGCAAGUGUAUGAUCAGAAGAAUAUUCGGCGGCGUGUAUAUGACGCUCUCAAUGUGCUGAUGGCCAUGAACAUAAUCUCAAAGGAGAAGAAGGAGAUCAAGUGGAUUGGUCUUCCCACCAACUCAGCCCAGGAAUGCCAGAAUCUGGAGGUGGAGAGGCAAAGACGUUUAGAGAGAAUCAAGCAAAAACAGUCACAACUCCAAGAACUUAUUUUACAGCAAAUUGCGUUUAAGAACCUUGUGCAGCGUAACCGUCAAACAGAGCAGCAAACAAACAGACCACCACCAGAAAAUUCAGUCAUUCACCUGCCCUUUAUCAUCAUAAACACCAGCAAGAAAACUGUCAUUGACUGCAGCAUCUCCAAUGACAAGUUUGAGUACCUCUUCAACUUUGACAGCAUGUUUGAGAUCCACGAUGACAUUGAGGUAUUGAAACGCAUGGGCAUGGCAUGUGGCCUGGAGGCUGGCAAGUGCUCUGCUGAAGACCUCAAAACCGCCAGGAGCCUGGUGCCUAAAGCACUGGAGCCUUAUGUCACAGAAAUGGCACAGGGUCCAAUCAGUAACGUCUACAUGACAGGGACUUCAUCUGCCAAUGGGAGUCGCUAUCAUGUCAGCAGUGAAAGUGGAGCAGACGGAACAAUGGCCUCCAGCUCCAAUGACUCACACUACAGUGGUUCUCGGGUCGAAACCCCAGUUUCUUACAUGGACGACGACGACGACGAUGACGAUUAUGAUGAAAAUGACGAAGAUGACUAACCCUCAGGCCACACUUCCUCCAACAGCUAUAUUCAUGGGGUUUAUUGUAUACACACAAGCUCCCUCUCCCCGUCUGCUACUAGCACACCUUUAAUUUUCCCUCUCUCUCUUUUUUUUUAAUUUUUAUCUUGAAGGGCAUUGAGAAGCAUGGGCUUUAAAGAGGUGUGUUGAUUUCAUCUAGCCCUUUGUGCUACAUGGCUUAGGCUGUUAAAACACAACACCGUGCUAGUGCAGAUUUUUGGUCCCGAUAGCUCUAGUUUUCAAAAAAAAAGAAAGGAAAAAAAGGACUUUUAUGGGACCUUGAAAUUGCAGCACUAUGCCAUCCAGUGUCUGCUGGAUUUAGCAUGAUUUACAAAAAAAAUACCCUCUCAGCCAGACACCAACCUGCUGUUGGAGAAUGUGUAGUGUGACCUAUGUGUAACAUAGUUAGACUAUCUGCUUUUGAACAAUUUUGUUAUUAUUAUUUUUAACGUGCUGGCCUAUUCUGAAGAUUCAGAUGGUUGCCACCUCCUAGGCUGUAGGCGCAAAGAAUCGGCACAGCCAGCUUACCAUUUCGCCCCGUCGGGGCAGGUCUCUGGAUGUAUGGACACUUUUUGUAACAUUGGAGGAAUUCAUUUUUUUGUUUUUGUUUGUUUUCUGUAGAUCUCAUCCGUGUGUGUGUGUGUGUGUGUGUGUGUGUGUGUGUGUGUGUGUGUGUGUGUGUGUGUGUCGCUUCCUGUUAUUCUGUGGGCAGCUGUUGUAGGGAGCUCUGUUGAACAGCCUUUUUUUUUUUUUUUUUUUUUUUUUUAAAACCCCCCCCCCCCCCUUUCGUUGUUUGAGCUUUAGAGGUGAACCUCUCCCAUUGUUCCCUCUGUUUUACAACUGACAGGAAACCAGAGAAACUUUAUUAUCCACUGAAAUUUAUAGGAAAUCGAAGCUCCUGAAGAUUAGUUUCUCAUUUCCUUUCCAGGUCAGUAACACUACGGAGUAUGUGUGAUUGUUAUCCCAGUAUGAGGGGUGUGUGUGUGUGUGUGUGUGUGU